AUGGCGAUAGCAGCAUUGUCUUCCCUCCCAUUGCCUAGGGUUUGUCCCAAGGCCGAUAUUCCAAGAAUUCCGCGCGCCCGGCGAGGAGUGAUCCUCGGCUGUAGCACGGCGGCGCCUUCGGAGGUCGCCAAGGCGGGAGCUCGAUCGCCAGGUAUGAUAUCUUUUCGUUGGGCAUUCGAUCGAAUGGAUCGAAUCGACCUUCGCUUUGUCUUCGCAGUGGGCUGGAAAACCUUCUCCAAGAAUGCGUCGGGGGAAUGGAGUGGCGCCGCUGUGGAUUUCGAUCGCGAGGGGAAGCCUUUGCAGCUUCCAUCGGCGCUAGUCCCGCAAGAGUAUGUGGAAUGGGAGGUGGAAGUUUGCGACUGGGAGACUUACUGUGCCACUCUCGCGGAUGGAGACCCUCCAAGGUUCUACAACAAGACGCUUCGCUUGUAUCCCACAGUCGGGUGUGGAGCAACGACGGUGUCCAUCUACAGCACCCAAGAGCAAGCCUUGGACGAGGCGAAGGCCGAGAAGCAAAAGUUUCUAGCGUUCCAUCCCAGCGGUUCAUACGUAGCGGUCUGGGACAACGAGAAUGAGGUGGUGGUGGAGCACUGCCUAGUAAACGAAGACAUAGAGGGCCUGAGGAUGAGAGUUCUUCACAAGUUUGGAGAGCUUGGGAUGCCUGUGGAAGGGAUCACUGUCUACAAGGAGCAGUGGGAGGAGUCCUUCCAAUCUGGAAAAACUGUGGAGAGUUGCCUGACCCGGCAUGCUGCUUUCGCUGGGGGCCCGCGACUCAAGCCAUCGGAUUUACGUGGGACUUGGCAAACUAUCAGGCGUAGCUUCUCGCCGGUUGAAGGAUGUGGCUGCGUCAACAAAAUGGUGUUAGAGGCUUCUAAUCCGGUGGAGAGGACAAACGCGAAGGGCUGUAUACUACUUCCAGAAGGGACAUGGUCCUCCAUCCGGAAAGUUGAGAACGAGCUUGUUAUCGAGGCAGGCUUGCUAACACGUCCUGGGAAUCUGGUUCUUUCUAGGUGUAAAGUGACAAGCUCUGGUGAAAUACAGGCUCCAGCGUAG